UUUGAGAUGCCUUUGUGUGUUGUCCUUCUAUUGUGGGAUAUUUUCAGUUAUUCUUGUCUUUACCUAAACUUGAGGUAACUAUUUUUGGUUUUACUACCCAUAUAUACGAUAAGUUUAGUGUAUCAAUACAAGGUUCCAAACUAUUGAUAAUAAUCGAAAAUACACUGUUAUUUUUUUUUGAAGGAGUGUUCAGUUUGUGUUUUCAAUAUGUGUUCGUUAGCAUGAAAAAAGAGUUUAACCCAAUGUUUUGUCAGAAUAGCUAGCAAGAAGAUUUUAAAUCUGACUUCUUCUUUUUUUAAAAAAAAAAUCUGACUUGCUUGCUUGUAUACAUAAAAUAAUAUAAAAAAAACUUAAAUUUGGAGUUGGUUGAUCGAAUCAGAUCAGAAUCAUUUGAUAUAUCUGGAUUUCUCACUUACUAAAAGUAAAAAUUCAUGUGUCCAUAGUUACACAUUAACAGUCUAAUCUUCUUCUUUUUCAUCAUGCAUAAGAAGAACUUCUUGUGAUUUGAUUCGUUAAUUAAAAGAAAACAUUUUAUAUUGGGUCGAACCAGUUGGUGUCAAACAGAAUACAAGCUCGGCCCAUAUAGUACUAUUGGAAACCUCUAUUCUUGCCGUCCAAGUAACUAAACUUGUACCUUGCAGUCAGAAGCUUAUUAAUGGCGGGACUCUUUGUUCCCCAACAUAAUUUGAAGAAAACAGAACAAGAAAUGCAAACUGAAUAUCAUGAAUAGUUCACAGAGCAAGUUGAUAGAAGAUGCCUUACUGAUUAUCUCUGCCAAGAUGGUCCGUGAUCAAUUUUAUACAGAUCCAACUUCACCAACUUAUCUGCACAUUUUCAAAAGCAAUAAAUUAAUUUCUUGACCCUUAUGAUAAUACAUCUACAGAUUAUUAUGUACAUAGCACUCUGAGUCUGUUAUUAUACAUUAAUCACCAUAAAUGUUUCUUCUCCUAACCAUUCCAAGAAAGACAAUAAUUACCCAAAAAAGCUUUAACUGUUAAAUCUCGUUCUCCUGAAAAAAGAAGAUCCAGAGCUGAAAAUAGAAGAAAAAUCAUGAAAGAAGGAAGAUUCAAGAAGAACCUAUACGCAGUCUUUUUCACUUUCUUCUUCUUCUUCUGUUCCACGUCGGAUUUGCUCCUCCCACGUUCGCCGUUAGAGAUGCUCACCGGAGGGAGGUGGGAUCUCCUGCAGCCGAGCAUAGGCAUAUCAGCGAUGCACAUGCAACUCCUCCACAACAACAAAGUCGUCAUCUUUGACCGUACGGACUACGGCCCUUCGAAUCUCUCCCUCCCUUCUCAAACUUGCCGAAACGCCACCGUUUUCGACUGUUCCGCGCACUCACUCUUAUACGACGUCGCUUCGAACACCUUUCGCCCACUCACUCUCCGAUCCGACACGUGGUGCUCCUCUGGCUCCUUAAACGCCUCAGGCUCUUUGAUACAAACCGGCGGUUACGGCGUCGGCGAACGAGUUGUACGUAUAUUUACGCCUUGCGACGGCGUUUCUUGCGAUUGGGUUGAGAACAGAGCGUACCUCUCCUCUCGCCGGUGGUACUCCACCAAUCAGAUUCUCCCCGACGGCAGGAUUAUCAUCGUCGGAGGGAGAAGAGCUUUCACCUACGAGUUUUACCCCAAGAAUCCGGGAAAAUCCGUUUUCAUUCUCAGAUUCUUGGCGGAGACGAGAGAUCCGAACGAAGAGAACAAUCUUUAUCCCUUUCUUCACCUUCUCCCCGACGGGAACCUAUUCAUCUUCGCUAACCGGAGAUCGAUUUUGUUCGACUUCGUCAAUCACCGAAUCGUCAAGGAGUUUCCGGUGAUUCCCGGCGGCGAUAAACGGAAUUACCCCAGCACUGGCUCCUCCGUACUCCUCCCUCUGUCACUCACCGGAGAAAAUAACCGAUCGAAGAUCGCGGCGGAAGUUAUGGUCUGCGGCGGAGCACCUCCCGGUGCGUUUCUAAAGGCGGCGAGGACGAUCCCUAAGGUUUUCGUCGGGGCGUCUCGCACGUGCGGGAGAUUGAAAGUGACCGACCCGAAUCCGAGCUGGGUCAUGGAGCAGAUGCCGGCGCCACGUGUCAUGCCUGAUAUGCUGUUGUUACCCAACGGCGACAUUUUGAUCAUAAACGGCGCGAGUAAUGGAACCGCUGGUUGGGAAGACGCUACUAACGCCGUUCUCAACCCGAUUUUGUACAUGCCCGAUGAACCCGACCCGACCCGGAGAUUUGAGAUUCUCGCGCCGACUCGAAUCCCUAGAAUGUACCACUCGGCGUCUCUCCUCCUUGCCGACGGCAGAGUCUUAAUCGGAGGAAGCAAUCCUCAUCGGAAUUACAAUUUCACGGCGAGGCAUUAUCCGACGGAGCUCAGUCUCGAGGCUUAUCUCCCGCGUUACCUGGAUCCGCAAUACUCCGGCGUGAGGCCGUCGAUUGUCACGGUGGAGCUCGCCGGGAAUAUGCUGUACGGAAAGUCGUUUGCGGUCACGUUCGUGAUUCCGGCGUUUGGGAUGUUCGACGGAAGAGUGUCGGUGCGGCUCGUGGCUCCGUCGUUCAGCACGCACUCGACGGCGAUGAACCAGAGGAUGCUGGUCUUGCGCGUGAGGCGCGUCGUUCAGUUAUCUGUUUUCGCGUACAAAGCUGACGUGGAUGGUCCAACGAACUCCUACGUGGCACCGCCUGGGUAUUAUAUGAUGUUCAUGGUUCACCGUGGAACUCCGAGUGUGGCUAUUUGGGUUAAAGUUUAAACGUGAAUGCAGUUUUUACUCUGCUUUUGACUCUUUGAUUUUACAUCAUUUUAGUGUACUAAUACAUUUUGUUAUGGUGAAAGUAAGAAAUAACGGAAACUAAGAGAUGUUGUCAAUAAUAAAACAAUAGAUAUAGAAGAUUAUGAUAUUGGUGAAGAUAACAAUGGUUUAUUAUA